AUUGUCCUGGGUAACAUAAUGCCAGCUGAGCGUAAAAAGCCAGCAAAUAUGGAAGAAAAAGAAUCUUUACUGAACAACAAGGAAAAAGACUGCAGUGAAAGGCGGCCAGUGAGCAGCAGAGAGAAACCAAAAGAUGAUAUCAAGCUUCCUGCCAAGAAGGAGGUUAUUAAGGUCCCAGAAGAUAAAAAGAAGAAACUGGAAGAAGAUAAAAGGAAAAAAGAAGACAAAGAGCGUAAGAAAAAAGAAGAGGAGAAGGUGAAGGCAGAAGAGGAAUUAAAGAAGAAAGAGGAAGAAGAAAAAAAGAAACAUGAAGAGGAAGAGAGGAAGAAGCAAGAAGAGCAGGCAAAGCGUCAGCAAGAAGAAGCAGCUGCUCAGUUGAAAGAGAAAGAGGAAUCUCUUCAGCUUCAUCAGGAAGUUUGGGAGCGACACCAAUUAAGGAAGGAACUUCGUAGCAGAAAUCAAAAUGCUCCAGACAACAGACCAGAGGAAAAUUUCUUUAGCCGACUAGACUCAAGUUUGAAGAAGAAUACUGCUUUUGUCAAGAAACUAAAAACGAUUACAGAGCAGCAGAGAGACUCCUUGUCCCAUGAUUUUAAUGGCCUAAAUUUAAGCAAAUACAUUGCAGAAGCUGUAGCUUCUAUUGUGGAGGCAAAGCUAAAAAUAUCUGAUGUGAAUUGUGCUGUGCACUUAUGCUCUCUCUUUCACCAGCGCUACUCUGACUUUGCCCCAUCACUUCUUCAGGUCUGGAAAAAGCAUUUUGAAGCAAGGAAAGAAGAAAAGACACCUAACAUUACCAAGCUGAGAACGGACUUGCGUUUCAUUGCGGAAUUGACAAUAGUUGGGAUUUUCACAGACAAGGAAGGUCUUUCCUUAAUCUAUGAACAGCUAAAAAAUAUUAUUAAUGCUGAUCGAGAAUCCCAUACUCAUGUUUCUGUGGUGAUAAGUUUUUGUCGACAUUGUGGAGAUGAUAUUGCUGGACUUGUACCAAGGAAAGUAAAGGGUGCUGCCGAGAAGUUUAAUUUGAGUUUUCCUCCUAGUGAGAUAAUUAGUCCAGAGAAACAGCAGCCUUUCCAGAACCUUUUAAAAGAGUACUUUACGUCUUUGACCAAACACCUGAAAAGGGACCACAGGGAGCUACAGAACACUGAGAGACAAAACAGGCGUAUUCUACAUUCUAAAGGGGAGCUAAGUGAAGAUAGACAUAAACAAUAUGAAGAAUUUGCUAUGUCUUAUCAGAAGCUGCUGGCAAAUUCUCAGUCCUUAGCAGACCUUUUGGAUGAAAAUAUGCCAGAUCUUCCUCAAGAUAAACCAACACCUGAAGAGCAUGGGCCUGGAAUUGAUAUAUUCACACCUGGUAAGCCUGGAGAAUAUGACUUGGAAGGUGGCAUUUGGGAAGAUGAAGAUGCUCGGAAUUUUUAUGAGAACCUCAUUGAUUUGAAAGCUUUUGUUCCAGCCAUCUUGUUUAAAGAUAAUGAAAAAAGUUGUCAGAAUAAAGACUCCAACAAAGAUGAUUCUAAAGAAGCUAAAGAUUGUAAGGAUAAUAAGGAAGUAUCAAGUUCUGAUGAUUUAGAACUUGAGCUGGAGAAUCUAGAAAUUAAUGAUGACACCUUGGAGUUAGAGGGUGGUGAUGAAGCUGAAGAUCUUACAAAGAAACUUCUUGAUGAACAGGAACAAGAGGAUGAAGAAGCCAGCACUGGAUCUCAUCUCAAGCUUAUAGUAGAUGCUUUUCUGCAGCAGUUGCCCAACUGUGUCAAUCGCGAUCUAAUAGACAAGGCAGCAAUGGAUUUUUGCAUGAACAUGAACACAAAAGCUAAUAGGAAAAAGUUGGUACGAGCGCUCUUCAUAGUUCCUAGACAAAGGUUGGAUUUGCUACCAUUUUAUGCAAGAUUGGUUGCUACAUUACAUCCCUGCAUGUCUGAUGUAGCAGAGGAUCUUUGUUCCAUGCUGAGGGGGGAUUUCAGAUUUCAUGUACGAAAAAAGGACCAGAUCAAUAUUGAAACAAAGAACAAAACUGUUCGGUUUAUUGGCGAACUAACUAAGUUUAAGAUGUUCACAAAAAAUGAUACCUUACACUGUUUAAAGAUGCUUUUAUCAGACUUUUCCCAUCACCAUAUCGAAAUGGCAUGCACCCUCCUUGAAACAUGUGGAAGGUUUCUUUUCAGAUCUCCCGAAUCUCACCUGAGGACCAGUGUACUUUUGGAACAAAUGAUGAGGAAAAAACAAGCAAUGCAUCUUGAUGCAAGAUAUGUCACAAUGGUGGAGAAUGCCUAUUACUAUUGCAACCCACCUCUGGCUGAGAAAACCGUGAAAAAGAAACGUCCUCCUCUGCAGGAAUAUGUUCGGAAGCUUUUAUACAAGGAUCUCUCUAAGGUUACUACUGAGAAGGUUUUGAGGCAGAUGCGCAAGUUGCCCUGGCAGGACCAAGAAGUGAAAGACUAUGUUAUUUGUUGUAUGAUAAACAUCUGGAAUGUGAAAUAUAAUAGUAUUCAUUGUGUAGCCAACCUCUUAGCAGGACUAGUACUCUACCAAGAGGAUGUUGGAAUUCAUGUAGUGGACGGUGUUUUAGAAGAUAUUCGAUUAGGAAUGGAGGUUAAUCAGCCUAAAUUCAACCAGAGACGGAUCAGCAGUGCCAAGUUCUUAGGGGAGCUUUAUAAUUACAGAAUGGUUGAAUCGGCUGUUAUUUUUAGAACUCUUUAUUCUUUUACGUCAUUUGGUGUUAACCCUGAUGGUUCUCCAAGUUCAUUGGAUCCACCUGAACAUCUCUUCAGAAUUAGACUAGUAUGCACUAUUUUGGAUACCUGCGGCCAGUACUUUGAUAGAGGUUCCAGUAAACGAAAACUCGAUUGCUUCCUUGUAUAUUUUCAGCGUUAUGUUUGGUGGAAGAAAAGUUUGGAGGUUUGGACGAAAGACCAUCCGUUUCCUAUCGACAUAGAUUACAUGAUCAGCGAUACACUAGAACUGCUAAGACCGAAGAUCAAACUUUGUAAUUCUCUGGAAGAAUCCGUCAGACAGGUGCACGACCUGGAACAAGAAUUCUUAAUAAAACUAGGUAAGCAGUUAAUUACAGAGGGUUCUGAUAAUGAUGAUGAUGAAGGUGAAGAAGAAGAGGAAGAGAAUACAGAUUAUCUUACAGAUUCCAAUAAGGAGAAUGAAACUGAUGAAGAAAAUAAUGAGGUAAUGAUUAAAGGUGGGGGACUUAAGCAUGUUCCUUGUGUAGAAGAUGAGGACUUCAUUCAAGCUCUGGAUAAAAUGAUGCUAGAAAAUCUUCAGCAACGAAGUGGCGAAUCUGUUAAAGUACACCAGCUGGAUGUUGCUAUUCCUUUGCAUCUCAAAAGCCAACUGAGGAAAGGGCCACCACUUGGUGGUGGGGAAGGCGAAGCAGAGUCUGCAGACACGAUGCCAUUUGUCAUGCUAACAAGAAAAGGAAAUAAACAGCAGUUUAAGAUCCUUAAUGUACCCAUGUCUUCUCAACUUGCUGCAAAUCAUUGGAACCAGCAACAGGCAGAACAAGAAGAAAGGAUGAGAAUGAAAAAGCUCACACUAGAUAUCAAUGAACGGCAAGAACAAGAAGAUUAUCAAGAAAUGCUGCAGUCCCUAGCACAGCGCCCAGCUCCAGCAAACACCAAUCGCGAGCGAAGGCCUCGCUACCAACAUCCAAAGGGAGCACCUAAUGCAGAUCUAAUCUUUAAGACUGGUGGGAGGAGACGUUGAUCCAGCAGCACGUGUCAUUUCAUUAGGUCCUGUAUCUGAUGUUGUGGAUAGUGGAGUCCUCCAGCAAUUGAAUGAGAGCAGUGGACACAUCUCAGCAUGUCGGUCUAGAGAGUUGCGAAUCUAAACCUGGGACAGGCUGGGGCCAUGAGGCAGAAACAGCAGCCUCUGCCAACACCGGAACAAGCCGACGCGUCCAGAUGUGGCGUAAAAGGCCUUUUGUAAUGGAAACCACGUGAGGGUUAAUCUUCUCUUGAGAAUGGAAGUCAAGAAACGAGAUGGUUCCCGUACCUACCGAGCAGUCACACUUAGAAGAGCUGUCAAUGAGAUGUGCGCCGGAGAAGGAAAGGGUGUAAUGGCAAUGGUUUGGGGGAAAUGAACCUGAGUUUUAAACUUGACUUGAGUUACAGUGUCUCUGAAUUGCACAUCCCAUGUUGGAAGAAGAUACACUUGGGGGCUCCAGGACUACAGUAGCAAAAUAUAGAGCAAGCAGUAAAAUCUUCUAGUUCAGACUUACAUGCAGGACAACAAAGUGAUGAAAGAUAUCCAAAUACCAGCUAUUCUACCAGGAAGGUUUUUGUUUUAGGAAUCUGUUUCAAGAGGAACAAGGGAUGAGGGAGAAAAAUCCGUUUUAUCCAUCAGAGUCAGUAAUGUAAAAUUGCCUAUCAGGGUAAAAGGAAACUGUGAAGACAAUUGGUAUACGAGGAGCAUUCAUUCAGAUGGCUUAGAAAAGUCUGAUACCAGCCUAAGAACAGGGAUCUGGUUGAGCCCAUUGUAAGUAUCAUUGAAAACAAAACGUGCCAGUCAGCAUGUCACAGAAAAUGAACGAAGGACAAGAAGAAGUGGAUCAGAAUAUUUUGUUUGACCUUCAUGGGCACACAGCCUCUGUCUCUAAACAAAGUAUGGAAACAAGUAGAGCUUUUAUUUUGUUUUUUGUUUUGUCCCACCCCCCUCCCCACUAAAUAGAAACGAGGGUUCUUAGUCUGUUUCUGACAAUCUGUUAAUUUAUAGAGUAGUUGUCUUUCGUUUGCUUUCUGAUAGGCAUAGUAAAUUUAGUUAACAAGCACAUCUGUAUGCUACAACUUGAUUACAUCUUUUUUUCUAGCUAUUUUGCUUUUUUUUUCUUUUACCACGUUUUAGUUUCUGCAUGUAGAAUUAAAUGAGAAACAAAAUUUGUAAAGUUGUAACAUUUCACAUGGAAAUGCUGCCCGAUCUUCACCAGCUUCAGAAAUCUGACCUUUGCCGAUGCUGCAAUAAAGUGUUGUAAUUUAGA